AUGGCAGGAAACUCCAGCGAAUCCGUGAUCAAUCUCAAUGAUCCCAACCAAAUUAUCACGUUGAACCGAGCAUCCCAACUUCCCACCAAGCUGUCCGGCGACAACUUCCCCACCUGGCGGGCACAACUGUUCACCCUUCUCCGUGGCCUCGAUCUUCUCCGGUUUCUUGACGACACGCAUCCUGAAAGAGCAGCCACUGCAUCUGCUGCUGUCCGCACUCACUGGUUCCGGCAAGACCAGCUCCUACUUCAUGCUAUUCUUGCCUCUCGCCAAGCCUGGACGAUCCUGGAGCGAAUGUUCGCCAGUCAAUCUUAA